GGCGGCCAGCGGGGCUGGUCCCUCCCGCUCUCCCCGAACCUGUCCGCCGGGGCCGGGAAGACCGAGGAGAGGAGGAAAAGGAAAAAGCUGUGCGGGGCUCGCUUGGCCUCCGGCAGCCGGCCGGGCCCGUGUCCGAGCGGGACGGGCCCGUGCGGGUCCGCUCGUGGCUCUUUCACGGAGUCUGGAGAAGGGAAGGCUGAGAGGGAAUGCCGCCAAUCCAUACAAACGCCUCCGAGGGUGCCAGAGGAUGGUGCCAGGCUCUGUUCCGUGCUGCCAGGGACAGGGUGGGGAGCAGUGGCCAUAAAAUAAACCACACCGAGUUCCAGCCCAGCAGGAGGAAGAGCUUCUGUCCAUGGCGGGGCAGAGGCCUGGAACAGCUGCCCAGGGAGGGCCUGGAGUGUCCCUCUCUGGAGACAUCCCGAGGCCAGCUGGACACGUUCCUAUGCCACUGCUCCAGGGGACCCUGCCUGGGGCUGGGCAGGGGCUUGGGCUGGCAGAUUCAGUUUACUCUGCAGGUAUCCUGCAGCAUGGCAGGUGAAGAAGACUUCUUUUUGGAGGAGAAAAGAUUCAAGCAGUACUGUGAAGACUUUGUUAAACAUUCGCAGCAGAUAGGAGAUGGCUGGGAGUGGAGAACUAGCAAGGACCUUGGUGAUGGUUAUCUUAGUAAGACACACUUCCAAGUAAGAAAUAGACACAUCCCACCAGACCUUGAGGAGAAAAACAAUGAUAACACUGAACCAACGUUAUUUGCACAUGUUGAAAUAUCUGCAAUAGAGAGCUUGUCACUUAGAUCUUUGUUUCAGCCUGAGGAGGAGCCUUUGGAUGAUUCUCAGGCCACUGGAGUUGGCAGCACAGAAGAAGUGGUUCGCUAUGAGUACCAUGUGCUGUACUCCAGCAGCUACCAAGUGCCUGUGCUGUAUUUCAGAGCAUGCUUUUUGGAUGGAAGGCCUUUAACUCUGGAUGAAAUAUGGGAAAGUGUUCAUGCAUCCUACCAGGCUCGUCUGCAGGAGGGGCCCUGGGACACUAUUACACAGCAGGAGCACCCCAUCCUCGGGCAGCCUUUCUUUGUUCUGCACCCCUGCCGAACCAAUGAAUUCAUCUCUGCUGUGCUGGGUAGCUCACAGAAACACCACAGACACACAAAUUACAUCAUACUGUGGCUCAGUACUGUAGGCCCAGUUGUGGGCCUGAAUCUGCCUCUGAGUUACGCAAAGCUGGCACCCGAGCAGAGCACAGACACUGACUCGGUUGAAAGAGCCCAGAGCUGAAGGACUGGUGGUGGUUAGACUGUGAUGAAGCUGCUGCAGACUUCCCUGGGGAUGAAGGUGAAGGAUCCUUCCUGGCUGGUCAGCCAUGGCAGUGUGGAAAUGAUUGCUCAUGGCCCUUUCUCUGGCCAGAACUCAGCACUGAUGAUGGUGGGAGUUGGCUGCAGUUGUGGUAAUGCCUCCCCAGCACCACCCAGCCCUGACCCCCUUGUGACUGCACUGGCCCUUGAAGUGGCUCAUGUCCUGCCUGCUGUGCCUGUGCCCUUGGUGAGGCUGCACACAGAUGCACGAGCCAGAGCCGAGCUGCUGCAUCUACUGAACCUAUCUUUAGAAAAUCUGCACCGUCUGUGGGGCAGAAAAUGCAAUAUAAACAGAGAAAUGCUUGUGGGACGUGGUGUGAGCUUGUGGCAGUCAGAGUACGGGCUGAGACUGCGUCACCUGGGAACCACCUUCUCCAGCAGAGCCUGGUGAGGGCCCACCCCCAUGUUCCCCACCCCACAGAACAUCCUCAUCCCGGGAGUAUCCCAGGCACGGCACGCAUCAGGGAGCAAACGGGGUCGGGACUGUGACAAACAGAGCCCUUGGAGUCUGCAGCUGAGAGAGCACGUCCAGCUCUGGAGCUCAGGUGCCUGGAGCAGCCGUGGGGAACAUCUGGCUCUGCCGUGCUCCGCUGCCUGCGAGGGAAUCUGUGCCCCGUGGGAGCUGCUGCUGUUCCCAAUUAGUGUUUCUCAUUGUACUUGUGGUUGUUCACAAGUUUGCUCCCUACCCUGCACUGCUUCUGUAGCCUCCCCUGACAGCUGUUGAUUUUUGGGGAAUUGCCUGGUGGUGCUGCCACCGACAGCCAGAUUACAAGGAACUUCCCUACCACCCAUCCUGGCUUCUCUCCCAAUCCCAUUUUAUUAGCAGUAUAAAACAGAGCCUGAGCAGCUGAGAUGGAACCACAGAUUUCACUUUGUACAUUCAGCAGUUGUCAGUUGCACACAGAGUCCAGUGCGUGCCACAUCCGUGUGAAAUGCAUCCAGAUUCUGGUUUUUCAGAUGAUGUUUUUACCUUCCAUUACUUGUCAUUGGUGGACAUGGAAUACAGAGUGCAGUCCUUCACAUUCCAUUGGUGCAGAGUUUGUUUGCCAGUCAUUUGGAAUUAAUAAUGAAAGCACAUAAUUUAUUUUGUUCAGGGUCAUAACAACCUGAAAAGCCGUUUCUUCUGUGUAAGAUUUACAAAAUAUGGCCCACAGCUACAUUGAUUUUUUUGACACUUUUGGUAAGACAUGCUUGAUAAUUGCAUCCACAGCCCAUUUUUAAAUUUAAGUGAGACUUACACAGUAGGAAAAACCAACAGAAAGAGGUAACAGCAGGUUUAAGAGCUGUUAAAUGUUCACCUUUGUUCUGUGAUCUUCACUUGUCAUACCCUGAAACAGAAGAGUAGAAGCACUCAGCCCUCAAAAUGUGGAAUUUAUAUGUAAAGGGGAAUAAAUAUUUUUAUUUGACAUGGGAAAAUUCUCAACAUCCAUUACUUUCUACCUUAAUUUAGCAUUUGUAAACAAGGAGGAGGAUUACUUGAACAGGGUCCUGCAGACUGUACUGCGCUCAGGAUUUCCUCUCUCAGGGACAGCCCCAGGCCGUUGUCACAGUCCUGUCCCGGGGGUCACUGGGGUAUCCUACAGCCACACAUUCCCUUGGCUGGGCACUCCAGCUGCUCCCAGAUUCUGGCGCUGUCUCUGCCUUGCUUCCUCCCUGCUGAAAAGGUCCCUCCAAACCCCUCCUCAGUGCCUCAGACAGGGGCUGAUGAUGAGGACCAUGAAAUGGGAGAGCAAACAGAGCAUUCGCUGCCCUGCCACGACUCUGAACCUCCUAACACCACAAACAACGAGGUGACAGCGCAGUGUCAUCAUCAGUAUCCAUGUUUCCCUGAAAUUUGCCUGGAACACCAAAAUUCAGCUCGGUUAGUACAAAUACAUGGGGGUUAGAUACAGGAACAAAUACAGGGUAACAUAAAUAUUUGGGACCAAGGAGAUAAAUAAGCCUGUUUGGAUAUCUCCUUUUUAAUGGCUGGGGUGGGAGGUAGGCACCCAGUUUCUCAUUUAUAUUUAUACCUUAAUGACUUUAUCUUAAAGAAUUUUUAUGUACAAAAAUCAUACGUAUAUGUUUUUUUAAAUCAA